AUGGAUCAUGUGCUGAACAUUUCUGACUAUUACUUCUUCACUCCAUAUGUUUAUCCGGCCUCAUGGCCUGAAGAUGGGACUCUGCGUCAGAUCAUCAGCCUGUGGCUGGUGACUACCCUUGGAGCAGAGCUGAUUUACCUGGGCUUUGGUGCUCUUAGCUUCUACUGUGUCUUUGACCACAAGCUCAUGAAACAUCCACAGUUCAUUAAGAACCAGGUAAGAAAAGAGAUACAAUUGGGAACUGCCUCCAUCUUCUGGAUGAGCUUCCCCACAGUGGCCUUUUUCUUCUGGGAGGUCAGGGGACACAGCAAACUUUUUGACAACAUCAGUGAAUCUUCCCUGGGCUGGCCCGGAGUUUUCCUGAGCAUCUCUGGCUUCUUAUUCUUUACUGACAUGUGUAUCUACUGGAUACACCGAUGCAUGCAUCAUAAAAGCAUUUAUAAGCACUUACAUAAGCAGCACCAUACAUUCAAGAUCCCCACGCCGUUCGCCAGCCAUGCCUUCCACCCACUCGACGGCUUUCUGCAGAGCUUACCUUACCACGUCUAUCCUUUCAUCUUCCCCCUUCACAAGGUAAUCUACCUCUCACUCUUCGUCUUCGUCAACAUCUGGACCAUUUCCAUACAUGACGGAGACUACCGCAUCCCUGGACCCUUGAUAUGUCUAAUCAACGGCGCUGCCCACCACGUUGACCAUCACCUCUUCUUCAACUACAACUACGGACAAUACUUCACCCUCUGGGAUCGUCUGGGGGGCUCCUACCGAUAUCCUUCAGCCCUCCUGGGGAAGGGGCCGCACGACCACAUCCGAAAACUCAUGGCAGACAUUCCGAAGACAGAGUGAUGACGGAGACACAGUCAGGAUGUUCUAUUCAGGUUCAAACCAUUCAGGGGGGUUUCUACAGAGAUGCUCAGCCUGAGUCAUGAUGCGAGAGAUAUCU